AUGUGCGAAAUCCAGAUUAGAAAAGCGUGGCUUUUUGAACGGCUCGUGUCGGCCAGUCCUCAAAGACUUGUGCUAUCAAAAGCACUGCUGAAGCUAUGGUUAGCGCAUCCCAAAGGCCGUCCGAAAAGCAGUCAAAUAACUAUUAUUUUGGUCUUACUUUACGACAUAAGUAUAUACUCGGACUCAUCAAUGCCUCGAUCGGAGUCCUCGAGUCCUAUCAAUUCGGACGUCAGUAUUGACAUCAAUGAUGAAGAAGAAGAGAUGUCUCGACCGCUAAAACGAGAGCCUAUUCUGUCAUCACUUAUGCACCGAAACGAUUCAAUCAAUUGUAGUAAACCAUCAAAAUUAUCAUUCAGUAUAAACCGGUUAUUGGGAGCCAAUAGUGACUCUAAACACAAUCAAAGCGGCACUACAUCUGAAGGGGAGUCGGAAUCGCCGUCUUUCCUAUGCUCUCAAUACUCAUCAAAAAACAAUGCAAUCAUUGCCUCGUAUUCAUCGUCUUCAUCGCCUGACUCCAAAUGCCAGUCCCAUCGCAUGACUGUCAGCCCAUACAACCAGUUGACUGGUCCCGGCGCUGUCCUACCGGUCUCACACCGACCACCACUCUCUAUGCCUUACACCACACACUAUCCCUGGUUAGGGUCGAGUCCUCUCACUCUCAUUAAAGACGGUUUGCAAAAACCGGGAGAACCGCCGAGAAUUGCCGUCAAAUGUGCGCUCCGUAAGCAUAAAAGCAAUCGUAAGCCGCGAACCCCUUUCACAACUCAACAGCUCUUAGCACUCGAACGCAAAUUCCGGACAAAACAAUACCUUUCCAUCGCUGAGAGGGCAGAGUUCUCCAGCAGUUUGAAUCUCACUGAGACUCAGCGAUUAAAAGAGGCCGAGUUGGAGAAGCUUCGUCUGGCGGCCCGACCCUUCCCGGCGGCCGCCUUUGGCUUUGGUCUUCACGGCGGCCAUCCGUUUGGUUUCAACGGCAAUAUGGGGUCCGGAGGCCCACCGCCGGCUCACUUGAGUUCAGCCGCCGCGGGCUUUGUGGUGGCGGCCGCUAAUAGGGGUCCCUCUCUGUUCAAUCACAUCGCAAACAUCGCUACCCCGUAUCCCAUCUACUCUUCGGGACCAAUCACCUCAUCCGCGGGUCCGAUGAUCACAACCUCCGGGCCUAAUAUGUCGGCUAAUUCUUGUCCUUAA